AUGGACUCAGUAAAUGUCUCUUUGGUGUCUGAAUUCAUUCUGGCAGGAUUAACAGACAAGCUUGAUCUUCAACUACCCUUGUUCUUUGUGUUUCUAGCAAUUUAUCUGGUCACUAUUUUGGGAAAUUUGUGUUUGAUAAUUCUGACUGUGCUGAAUUCUAACCUCCACACACCUAUGUAUUUCUUUCUGUUUAACUUGUCAUUUAUAGACCUCUGCUAUAGUUCUGUGUUCACUCCCCAAAUGCUGAUGAAUUUUAUAUUAAGGAAGAAUACAAUUUCUUACAUGGGAUGUAUGACUCAAGUCUAUUUCUUUUCCUUCUUUGUUAUUUCUGAAUGUUAUAUGUUGACUUCAAUGGCCUAUGAUCGCUACAUGGCCAUCUGUAAUCCACUGGUGUAUAAUGUUUCCAUGUCUCCUAAAUUAUGCUUGAACCUUAUGCUUGGUUCUUACUUUAUUGCAUUUUCUAAUGCUGUAGCUCACACUGUAUGCAUGCUGAGACUGACCUUCUGUGAUGCCAACACCAUCAACCACUACUUCUGUAAUAUUCCUCCUUUGCUCCAGCUCUCAUGUACCAGCACAUAUGUCAAUGAACUUGUAAUUUUUGUUCUUGGGGGCAUCAACAUCAUUAUUUAUUCAUUAACUAUCUUCGUGUCCUAUGGUUUCAUCCUUUCCAGUAUUUUCCACAUCAGUUCCUCUGAGGGCAGGUCCAAAGCCUUCAGUACCUGCAGCUCCCACAUAAUUGCUGUUUCUCUGUUCUCUGGUUCAGGUGCAAUUGAAUAUUUCAAACCCUCCUCAGCUGGGUCUAUGAAUGAAGGGAAAAUCUCUUCUGUCUUUUAUACCAAUGUGGUUCCCAUGAUGAAUCCCUUAAUCUACAGCUUGAGAAACAAAGAUAUUAAAGUUGCCCUUAAAAAAACCUUGAAUAGCAGGACCUUUUGA